AUGAAUAGAUUUAAAGAUCCCAGAAUAUUAAAGGGUCAGCAAAGAAAUGAGUAUGGAAGGCUACCCUAAUCUAAUCGCUCUGGUAUAGCACCCCAAUCUUAAUUCAGUAGUAGUGCAGGUGUUGUUAAAAGCAGCUUUACUACCUAAGAUGGUUUCAAGAUACCACUCACCAAAGACUUAAUCCCAAUUUAAGAGGCAUCAACAGAAUUGAAGAUAAACUAGAAAAAUUAGAAGGACAAUAAAGUUAAGGAUCUCCUAAACAUGAAAAAGUUCGGCUAAGCUACUUCGAAUGAGUUACUUUAAAAGAGAAAAUUCUUUGAUUCAUCAAUAGAAAAUAAAAUGAACAAGAGAGAUAGAAAGAAGACGGGGGCAUUUAACUUUGUUUAGCAAGGCUAAUUUAUAAAAAGAGGAGAAUUACUGAGGAAAAAGUAGUUGCUAGAUGAGUUUGAGAGCCGAAAGAAUCAAGUAGAGCAGAAAAAAGAUGAGCCUAUAAGUUAAGACCCAAGAGUUACUGGAGAAACCAAUGAGGAAUAGUAAAAAAAAGAAGAUGGGAAAAUUUAGAUUAGAAAAACAGUGAAUCUAAAGCCACUAGAUCCUAUACCUGAUUUUGAAUGGUGGGAUUAAGGUAUUUUCUCUUAAACCUAGGAUUAGAAUGUGACAUUGAAAAGAAUUGAGGGUAAUGUAGAGGAAAGUGAUAUUUUCUUAGAUAAAAUAACUCACUAUGUUUAACACCCAGUUCCCAUAAAGAAUGAUUAUGUAGAAAAUAUAAAUAAAAUGGUGAUUCCAAUUCAUCUAACUGAUAAAGAGAAGAAGAGACUCAGAAAAAUGAAAAGAAUUGAAAAAGAAAAGGAUAAAUAAGAAAAGGUUAAAUUGGGAUUAAUGCCAGCUCCUCUACCAAAGAUUAAGUUGAGCAAUUACAUGAAAGUUCUUGGUAAAGAAGCAAUCGCUGAUCCAUCUAGAGUAGAACAGCAAGUUAAGAGAAUAGUUGAUGCUAGACUAGAGUAGCAUCUGAAGAGAAAUGAGUCAAAUAAACUGACAAGAGACUAAAAAGAAGCUAAAAUGAAGAGAAAGCAUGAGAGAGAUAUAAACAACAAUGAAUGCAGAGUUGCAUUAUUUAAGAUUGACAAACUCACAUAACCACACUUGAAGUUUAAGAUUGAUAUGAAUGCUCAAUAAUAUCAUUUGGGUGGAUUUUGCUUUAUUGCUGACUACAAUAUGGCUCCUGCAGAUCUCCCUAAUCUGGUUCUUAUUGAAGGAGGACCUCGAGCAAUUAAAAAGUAUAAGAGACUAAUGCUGAGAAGAAUCAAGUGGAAUGAAAAAUCUAAGAAAAAACAAAAUCAUAACAACAAUGAAGAUCCUGACUAUGAUGGGGAUCAGAAAAUGGAAGAGGAAGAGAAGAAUGAUUAAAAUGGCGAAGAGGAUUUAGACAAUGUAAAGGAAUCAUUGGAUAAGAAAUGCUUUUUAGUAUGGGAAGGAGUUGUGAAGAAAAAGAAUUUUGAAAGAUGGAGAAUUGUGGAUAUCAGAAGUGAGAGUGAAGCCAAAAGACUACUCACUGAGAAGGGUUGCGAGCACUACUGGAAUAUGGUAGUUAACUUUAUUCCUGAGAGAGCUGAAGGAGAGGAUCCUCAAGCUUUAGAAAAACAACUAAUGUGA